AUGACUAAGCCCGCCAAGAUUACCCGCGGCGUCCGCGGCGUGCCGUUCACGACGUAUGCCUGCAAGCUCGUCAAGGUGAGCGCCCGUCCGCCAGGCGUCAUUGAACGACUGCAGCUCCAAUGGCGCUGUGGCGUGCACCUGGCAGACGACGCCAAGCGCGACCAACUGCGAGACCAACGUUGA